AUGUUUCAGCCUUCUCAAGCCCUGCUUAAAACCCCAACUGGUAGUGAUAGAUUGAGUGCCCUUUUAGAUGACAUUCUGCGUCACAUUUUGUUAUUCCUUGCAACAAAAGAUGUUGCAGCCACCUCCAUUCUGUCCACAAGGCGGAGAAAUCUUUUUAUUUCAGUUCCUGAUGUCGAUCUUGAUGUUGGUACGCUCCAAUUAACUGAGGCAACUGAUCAGAAUGACAUUGAAUGGUUAAUUUUUGCUGCAAUUUCACUUGUUGUCCAAGAACUUGAGAUUUUGAUGGCAAUUGAUCAGAAUGUACUCUAUCUAUUUCUUCCUAGAGUAUUUACAUGCAAAAAAAUUGUUACGUUGAAACUGAAUGCGGAGGUGGUUAUGAUUGUCCCGGAUUCAGUGUCUUUGCUGAGGCUUAGAGUGCUUCACUUGCAAGCCUUCGGAUUGGUAGGAGUUUCUGUUCGUAGACUUAUUCAGGGUUGUCCUUUGCUUGAAGAAUUGUACUUAUUCUUCCGACCUUUUAAGAACAGUGAUGGAAUUAAUGACAAAAAUUCUUGUGAUUUCGAGUCUUAA